AUGGCUUUGAAAAUAUUAGUCUUUGGCUCGGGUUCGAUUGGAACGGUAUACGCCUAUAUACUCUCCAGGGUCGUUUCACCAGAAAACAUUGUCUGUGUCUGCCGCUCGAAUUAUCAGGCAGGCCGUAAAAAUGGGUUCAGAAUCGACAGCAGUAUUUUCGGCCGAGGUCUCACAUUGAAGCCUCAAGUGGUGGAAACGGUCGAGCAGUCGGCUGCUUUUGGGCCUUACGAUUAUGUCUUAGUGAGCACCAAAGCCAUUUCCACGAGUCCGUCAUACCCUUCACUAUUAAGAGCCGUCGUCACACAGCCGACGACCACUAUCGUGCUCCUACAAAAUGGAAUUGACACCGAGUCUGAAUACGCCAGCAUGUAUCCCAAUAAUCCACUGUUAAGCUGCGCCGUGUAUCUUCCAGUGACACAGGUUUCGCCGGCCGUCUUCGUUCAUCAGGACCUUGAAAAGCUCCACGUCGGAACAUACCCGGCCAAUGCUCCCCAAGAGCAUAAAGAGGCGGCUGGAGAGUUCGUCCGGCUGAUUGCAAAAGGAGGCGGUUCUGCUGUCCUUCAUGAUGAUAUCCAGCUCGAGCGAUGGACCAAGCUGUUGGGAAAUGCGACGUGGAACCCGGUGUGUGCGUUGACUCGCUCGCGAGACGUCCAGUUCCUCCGGUCGUCCGGUCAUGCCAGGGAGUACGUUCGCAGCGUCAUGUAUGAGAUAUCGUCGGUCGCACAGGCUGCUGGAUAUAAGACGGUUUCUCAACAAAUGGGGGACAUGCAUAUCAGAAAUAUAGAAGCCAAGGAUCUGCCAGGCAACGAGCCGAGCAUGUUAGCAGACGCGCUGUCUGGGCGGCGCAUGGAGGUGGAUGCUCUUCUGGGCAACCUCUUAGCCAGGGCCGACCGGCACGGUGUGCAAACUCCACUACUGCGCGGGUUGUAUGCACAGAUUGCCGCCCUGGAUGAGAGCUUUGGGAGACGGAGCGGAAGUAAAAUAUAG